AUGUUCUUCAUCAAAGAACUGACGCAUCGUAUCCUGCUCCAUCCGUCGUAUUUCGGACCGCGGAUGACGCAGUACCUGGAGACCAAGCUCUACGCGGAUGUUGAAGGGACAUGUUCCGGGCGGUUCGGGUACAUUAUCGCCGUUUUGGGCAUCGUCGAUGUGGGAAAGGGAAUGGUGAUGAGCGGGACGGGCCAGGCCGAGUUUGUGACCAAGUACCGAGCGAUCGUGUUCAAGCCGUUCAAGGGCGAAGUCGUCGAUGGGGUCGUGACAAACGUGAACAAGAUGGGAUUUUUCGCAGAAGUGGGACCGUUGCAGGUGUUUGUGUCCAGCCACUUGAUCCAUCCAGACAUGAAAUUCGAUCCCAACUCGAAUCCACCGUCGUUUGCGUCGGACGACCAGAUUAUAGACAAGGGCACGCACGUUCGACUAAAAAUCGUCGGCACGCGUGUGGACGCGACUGAAAUUUUUGCGAUUGGAACGAUUAAAGAAGACUCGUUGGGCGUUAUAGACUAG